AUGGGAGGGGAAGGGAGAGGAGCGAUGAAGAAGAAGAAGAAUACGAAAUCUGGGGGUUUUGAGUCGCUUGGUCUGAGUCCGAACGUGUUCAGGGGAAUCAAGCGCAAAGGGUACAAAGUCCCCACUCCCAUUCAGCGCAAGACUAUGCCCCUCAUCCUCUCUGGCUCCGACGUCGUGGCCAUGGCUCGCACUGGCUCUGGUAAAACGGCGGCGUUUCUCGUCCCCAUGAUUCACCGCCUCAACCAGCACGUCCCUCAGUCUGGAGUCAGAGCGCUAAUUCUGUCCCCAACUCGGGACUUAGCCCUUCAGACUCUCAAGUUCACCAAAGAGCUUGGCCACUUCACAGACCUUCGUGUUAGUUUGUUGGUUGGCGGAGAUAGUAUGGAGAGUCAGUUUGAGGAGUUGGCUCAGAGUCCUGACAUUAUAAUUGCCACUCCUGGUAGGCUCAUGCACCAUCUGUCCGAGGUUGAGGACAUGACCUUACGCAGUGUGGAGUACGUUGUUUUCGACGAGGCCGAUUGUUUGUUUGGCAUGGGUUUUGCGGAGCAGUUGCAUAAAAUUCUUGCUCAGCUCGGAGAGAAUCGGCAGACCUUGCUUUUCAGUGCCACAUUGCCCAGUGCGCUUGCUGAAUUUGCGAAGGCUGGUUUGAGGGAUCCUCAGCUUGUCCGCCUCGACUUGGAAACUAAAAUCAGCCCCGACUUGAAGCUCGCCUUCUUCACCUUGAGGCAGGAGGAGAAGUACGCCGCCUUGCUCUACUUGAUUAGGGACCAUAUUGGUUCUGAUGAGCAGACUUUGAUUUUUGUUUCCACCAAACAUCAUGUGGAGUUUCUCAAUGUUUUGUUUCGUGAAGAGGGUAUUGAACCGUCUGUGUGUUAUGGAGACAUGGAUCAAGAUGCUCGCAAAAUCCAUGUAUCUAGGUUUAGGGCUAGAAAGACCAUGUUGUUGAUUGUGACCGACAUUGCUGCUCGGGGCAUUGAUAUUCCAUUGCUUGAUAAUGUUAUCAAUUGGGACUUCCCCCCAAAGCCUAAAAUAUUUGUCCAUCGGGUUGGAAGGGCUGCAAGGGCUGGUCGAACUGGUACUGCAUAUUCUUUUGUGACUCCUGAGGAUAUGGCCUACCUAUUGGAUCUUCAUUUGUUUCUUUCAAAACCAAUCAAACCUGCUCCAACUGAAGAAGAGUUCUUGAAGGAUAUGGAUGGAGUAAUGUCUAGAUGUGACCAGGCAAUGACAAAUAGAGAAACCAUUUAUGGUCGUUUCCCACAAAAAGUCAUUGACCUUGUUUCAGACAGAGUUAGGGAAAUUAUUGAUACUUCUGCAGAAUUGGAAUUGUUGAAGAGAACCUGUAAAAAUGCUUUUCGUUUAUAUUCAAAAACAAAGCCCUUACCUGCAAAGGAGUCCAUCAGAAGAGUAAAGGAUUUGCCUCGUGAAGGGCUGCAUCCAAUGUUCAUGAAGGUCUUGGAAACUGGGGAGUUAACAGCUCUUGCAUUUUCUGAGCACUUAAAAAAGUUUAGGCCAAAGCAAACCGUUUUAGAAGCUGAGGGGGAAGCAGCUAAAUCAAAGCAUCAACAGGGCCCUUCUGGGCAAUGGGUCGAUGUGAUGAAAAGGAAAAGAGCCAUUCAUGAGAAUAUUAUAAAUUUGGUUCAUGAACAGCAGCAGUCUAAGAGUAAUAAGGAAAAGGAGGAAAUUGAAUCAGAAAUCAGUCCUUCCAUGGAGAAAGGAAGAAAAGCAACACGUGGUUCUAAGAGAAAGCCCGAAAGUUUCAAGGAUGAGGAUCACUAUAUAAGUUCAAUACCAAAAAAUCAACAUAUGGAGGCUGGCCUUCAAGUGAAAGCCAAUGAAGACUUUGCUUCAAAUAGAUUGGAAUCAGCUGUCCUUGAUCUAGUAGCAGAUGAUGGUACUGGCAUUCAGAAACAAAGAUCUAUGUAUCACUGGGAUAAGAGAAGUAAAAAGUACAUCAAGUUAAACAAUGGUGACCGUGUUGCUGCAAACGGAAAGAUAAAGACAGAGAGUGGUGCCAAAACGAAGGCCACCAAGACUGGUAUAUAUAAGAAGUGGAAAGAACGCUCUCACGGUAAGAUAUCACUUAAAGGGACAAAUGAAGGUGAUCCUCAGGAAUCAACAAGUUUGGCAGCAUUAAGAAUUAUCUUGGUAUUUGGGUGCAAAAUGCCCCUACAUUCGUUUUGGGUUCUUGAGCAGUUGGUAAGUAUUGAAACUCUAUUAAUUCAUGUUAUACAGGAUCUUACCAAAGAGGUCGUAGGAAUUUUAAAGGAAGCAAGAAGCAGCAUUCAAUGCCCAAUGCUCAUGUGCGUUCAGAAAUCAAAGAUAUGGAUCAAAUUCGAAAGGAAAGGCAGAAAAAGGCCAACAGGAGUUCUUAUAUCAAGAGCAAGUCCACGAAGGGCAAAAAGUUUGGUAAAAAUGGUAAAAGAAGAAAAGGCAAAUAGAUUGGUUGAAGCCCUAGUCAUUUAA